AUGCCAGAUACGGAAAUUUCAACUGCUGCCACUACUGCUUGUACGGAAUCAAAGGAAUCAGACACUUCCAAGGACAACAAAUCCAUUAGUGCUGAAUCCAAAGAGACCGAAACUUCCGAUACAGAUAUGAAGGAGAAAAAAGAAGAGAAGAAAGGAAAUGGCUUGAUAGAGAACAUAGACAUUAGCAGAGAAGCACGAAAUCGUGUUAAAUUAUAUGUGCUAUGCGACCAACGGGUUUGGGAUGAUCGUGGUACAGGUCAUGUGGCAUGUGUUCAAAUCCCUGAUCAACAGGGUUUUGUCAUAAUCGUUAGGUUGGAGUCAGCCACAAGUGGCCAAGAUAAAAACGUCUUGGAAUCAAAAAUUCUAAUGGAUACUGUCUACCAAAAGCAACAGGAAACACUGAUUGUGUGGUCAGAGUCCGAUACUUGCGACCUGGCGCUGAGUUUCCAGGAAAAGUCUGGUUGUGAGGAAAUUUGGGCCAAGAUCUGCGAGGUUCAAGGACGCGACCCCGGAGAUGCGGAUGGCGGCUAUGACGAGAUGGAUGACGGCGAGUUGAGCGAGGGCUCCUCGAAUGCUUUGGCUGGAGGUGGAGCUGGUGGCCGCGUCAUCAUUCCGCCAAUUGAAGUUGGACGUCUUGCCGAAGUGGAUACUGUCAUACAGAACCAUCUAGCAACGCAGGCAUUGCGGGAGAAAAUGGCCAAUGCAAUUGAAACCGAGGGGAUUCUACCGAAGUUGGUUGACGUGUUUCGUAUGUGUGAAGAUAUUGAACACAAGGAUGGACUUCGUACGCUGUAUUCAAUAGCGAAGAACCUGUUUAUGCUGAAUCGGAACAGUCUUAACGAGACGUUGCUGAGUGACAAAUAUCUAAAAGAUCUCAUCGGAAUGCUUGAGUAUGACCCAGCGCACGAAUCACCGCGUAAGCAUCGUGAAUUCCUGUACGAAAAGGCGAAGUUUCGUGAAGUACUGCCGAUUGCCAAUGAUGAGCUGAAAGAGAAAAUUCAUCAAACCUACCGAGUCCAAUACUUACAAGACGUUUGCUUACCCGCUCCCUCGCUUUUCGAGGAAAAUCUCUUGUCCGUAUUGAAUAGCUAUUUGUUCUUUAACAGAAUCGAUAUCGUUAACAUGUUGCAGAAAGAUAAGCGGUUAAUGAAAGAGCUUUUUGAUCAACUUCGAGAUCCAGAGACCACUGUUGCUCGAAGACGAGAUUUAGCGUUUUUCCUCAAGGAAUUCAUUACUCUCAGCCAAGGUUUACCUCCGAAUGGAGCGCAGAGCAAGGACAACUUUUUUAAGAGCCUGCAAGCGAACGAUGUUCUCGGGACAAUUGAACCGUGUAUCAAAUCCCCUGAUCCUGACACUCGAACAACUAUUGUUGAUAUGCUUGCCCUACUCGUGGAUCACAGCCCCCAACUUGUCCGCGAUUACUUGCUGAGACAAGCAAAGGAUAAGAGUGAUGAUGAAGUUCUUUUGAAUCGUCUUCUGGUCCAUAUGCAAACUGAUCGAGAUGCCGAAUUGACAUCCGGUAGUCAAGUAUCGCAGGUUCUUCGUACUUUGCUUGAUCCCGAUAAUAUGGUAUCAAUGCAGAAAUCUGACAGAUCGGAGUUCCUCAGCCUUUUCUAUCAAAGAUCUAUAUACACUCUUGUGAGACCAAUGAUGGAAAAUGUGAAAGGAGGAACCAUUAAACGAGAUGAUUACUGCAUGGCCAAUCGUCAGUCGUUAGUAGUUCGCCUGCUUUGCUUUUGCAUAGAGCAUCAUUCGUUUUCAAUGAGACAACAUUGUAUUUCGAAUGAUUUGCUCAACAAGGUGCUAGUUUUGUUGCAAAGCAAACAUCACUUCUUGGCUUUAGGAGCUCUAAAGAUGCUACGAACUGUCUUAGCCGUAAAGGAUGACUUCUACAACCGCUACAUAGUCAGAGAAAAAGUUUUGGAUCGUGUAGUCGAAUGUUUUGUGCGGAACGGAGCUAAAUAUAACCUGUUGAACUCGGCAAUGCUGGAACUGUUCGACUAUAUCCGAUCGGAAGACAUUAAACCGCUCGUGAAGUACACUGUAGAGAAUCAUAUGGCUGCGUUUGAAGAUGUCACCUACGUGAAGUUGUUUUCCGACUUAAAAAUACGAUAUGAACAACAACGUGAUCGUGAAAAUGCUUCUAAGCCAAUGAACGACGAAAGAGUGCCGAGUCCAGCAGCGUUUGCGAAAGAGAGACAGGAAGAACAAUGGUUCGAUGGUGAUGAAGAUGAGACUGAAUGCAAAAAAGAGCCGGUAGAGAAGAAAGAAGUCAAGAAGGAGCAAGAAUCCCCUAGGAAAGCUGGCAUUGAACCAAUGUUUCCAUCGGUUCUUAAACGAAAGAAUGCGUUUGAUGAAGACGAUGGAGCGGUGUUCAGUGGACAAGCAACGCCUCUGAUGCCAGUUAACGCCAUAUCUGAAAAGAAAAUCGUAAUAAAGGUGAAUGAUAGAUCACGAACUCCAUCUCCAUUGGGAUCUCCUUCUUCAUCCACUUCAGUUUCGCCAACUCCUCAAGUUCGUGAAGAUGAGGUUACAUCUUCGCAAAACAACAGCAAGGAGAACAGUCCCACCAUCAGCAUUAAGUCGUUGGUUGAUUACGACGAAUCGGACUCCGAUGAAGAUGAGAACAGUGCACCGAAUGACUUGAUGCCAUCAUCAUCCACCAGCAGGCCAGCACAGCAUGAUUCCAGUGGUGAAACCGACGGGACCACAAGGGCAGAAUCAACCAACUGUGUCCCGUUGUCACCGUCCGGCGAUCUCUCACCUUGUGACGAUGACGUAUCAUCGACAAGCGGAGAAGAGGAAUCGAACGCUAGUGGAGAGUUGUUCGGACGACGAAAGCGACCGUCUUCCAGCGAUGUUGAUGAGGACGCAGUGAAGAGGAGUCCAGCUGAUAUACUCUUGAAUAACUUGGGCAAACAGAACUCGAUAACUCGACUCAUAUAUUAUAUUUUCUUUCGUACCUGCCCAUUGUCGACUCUCUCUCUGUCUCUCUCUGUGUGUCGGGGAGGAAGUCGUCUUAAAUGUUCUCAGCUCGGUUCUCAAUUACAUGAUGUAGAACACACAUUCUUCUUCCUAGUUAUCCUUCCGCCUUCUAUUUUCGGCUAA